AUGGCAGCCUCCCCUUACGCCACGACCCAGUACAAUUCUGAACAGUUUGUCGAAAGCUGCGGGGCGAUUCUAUUCGACUUAUCCGACAGCCAAAGCAAGAAAGUGUGCCUCGUCUAUUACCGCGCAGGGGAUGAGUGGCUCCUCGCGAAGGGACGCCGCAACUGCGGUGAGUCCCGACAUGAGGCCGCACUGCGCGAAGUUCGCGAAGAAACUGGUUAUAAAGCCCGUCUCUAUCCAGUCACAAUGCGGACGCGUGCACCUCCGAUGGAUGAGCAGGGACAUAUGCCUGACAAGCCUCGCACUUACCAAGAUCUCACCGAGCCCUUCAUGGUGACUAUACGACAGCUGGGAGGUCACAAUGCCAACGACAUCAAAAUGAUCUGGUGGUAUAUUGCUGUGCUGGAAGAGGUGGGCAUUGAAUGCGAUGGCGGAGAGAAGGAGUUUAUGCCAAAAUUCUUUCCCCUGGAGCAAGCAAAAAAGAUGCUCAGCUUUCAGAAUGAUGCUGCUGUUCUUGAGCAGGCAAUUCAUUUAGUAGACGCAUGUUAA